UCACUCUCUCUCUCUCUGUCUCUUUACCUUCUCCUCCUCUGCUCCUGCUCCUGCUCCUGCUCUGGAGAAUCAAAUCGAAUCGAAUCGAAUUCAAUUACAGACACGAGCAGGAAAGGAGGAGGAGGAGGAGGAGGCGGGAUGCCGCCGCGGCCGCAGACGGCGGUGGCGCCCCCGGGGCGCAAGGUGCCCCUCCGCAAGCUGCUCCGGGCAGCGUCGGUGGCGUGCGGCGUGCAGUUCGGGUGGGCGCUGCAGCUGUCCCUUCUGACGCCCUACGUGCAGGAGCUGGGCAUCCCUCACGCCUUCGCCAGCCUCGUCUGGCUCUGCGGGCCACUCUCCGGCCUCCUCGUCCAGCCCCUCGUCGGCCACCUCUCCGACCGCAUCGCCCCCGCCGCGUCCCCGCUCGGCCGCCGCCGGCCCUUCAUCGCAGCAGGCGCAGCCACCAUCGCCAUCGCAGUCCUCACCGUCGGCUUCUCCGCAGACCUCGGCCGCCUCUUCGGCGACAACAUCACCCCGGGCUCCACACGCCUCGGCGCCAUCUGCGUCUACCUCGUCGGCUUCUGGCUGCUCGACGUCGGCAACAACUCCACGCAGGGGCCCUGCAGGGCCUUACUCGCAGACCUCACCGAGAAUGACCCAAGGAGGACUCGGAUUGCUAAUGCGUACUUUUCACUCUUCAUGGCCCUGGGAAACAUACUCGGAUAUGCCACUGGAGCAUACAGUGGCUGGUAUUGGAUAUUUCCUUUCACUAUUACUCCAUCCUGCAGCAUCAGUUGUGCCAAUCUCAAGUCUGCCUUUCUUCUUGAUAUUAUUAUUUUGGUGGUCACUACAUACAUUACUGUAGCGUCAGUGCAAGAGCCUCAAUCUUUUGGAAGUGAUGAAGCAGAACAUCCAAGCAACGAAGAGGAAGCUUUUCUCUGGGAACUCUUUGGGUCAUUCAGAUACUUUACAUUACCAGUUUGGAUGGUUUUUAUUGUCACUGCCCUUACAUGGAUUGGAUGGUUUCCUUUUAUCCUCUUUGAUACCGAUUGGAUGGGCCGAGAGAUCUACCGAGGAAGCCCAGACAACCCCGGAGAGAAUCAAAGGUACCAUGAUGGUGUAAGAAUGGGUUCUUUUGGUCUAAUGCUGAACUCAGUCCUUCUGGGAUUCACCUCUGUUGUACUAGAAAAGUUAUGUAGGAAGUGGGGAGCUGGACUAGUAUGGGGUGUCUCCAAUAUCCUAAUGGCUUUGUGCUUUGUGGCAAUGCUUGUAAUUACAUAUGUCGCAAAGAACAUGGAUUAUCCACCCAGUGGAGUACCUCCAACCGGUAUUGUCAUUGCUUCACUGGUGAUUUUUACAAUUCUAGGAGCACCACUGGCAAUCACAUACAGUAUACCAUAUGCAAUGGCUGCUAGUCGUGUUGAAAAUCUGGGUCUUGGCCAAGGUCUAGCAAUGGGCAUUCUCAAUUUAGCUAUUGUCAUACCACAGGUUAUUGUGUCACUUGGUAGUGGGCCGUGGGAUCAACUCUUUGGCGGUGGAAAUGCUCCGGCUUUUGCGGUGGCAGCCGGUGCGUCUUUCAUCGGUGGACUGGUAGCUAUUCUGGGGCUUCCGCGAGGGCGCAUUGCAUCGUCGAGGAGGAGAGGUGGGACACAACGAUAAGUUAUCACCGUUACAUAUUAUGUGUAUGCUGUGGAAUUGUUGCGACUUGCAACCAUUAUUUGCAAUUGGUUGGGCACAUCGAGGAAACUCUUGGGUUGGAGAACAGGAAGCUCUGGAAUGUUUUCUUUUUUGGUGGUUUGCGUUGUUCCGUCGAUGAGCUGUUUUUGCCUUGUCUCCAUGUGAAGAGUCGUCAUCAUUUGUUGUUGUACGUCGAAUGUAUAUAUGUAUGUAUGUAUGCUCGUCACCUGUAGAGAGGUUAAGAAUAAAAAAGUUUAAAGUUUACAGGAGAA